UUUAUUUUCUUUUUUGUUUCAGAUAUUUUAUUUUUCAAGGAGAGAGAGAUUAACGUCCAAAAACUGCCAAACCGAGCGACUGGCUUUCAGCUCAGCAAUGGCGACCCUCCUCCUUCCUCAGCCCCUCGACCUCUCCUCCUCCUCCUCCUCCCCUCGCUCCCUCCCUCGCCGGAGCCCCAACCGCCUCCUCCCUCUCGCCGCCGCCCGCCGCUCCCGCCGACGGCCUCGCUCGUCCGGACCUCUCACCGUGCGCUUCGCCCUGACGGAGUCCGAUCCCCCGCCGUCGUUCGGAUCCGACUCCUCCGGCCCGCUCCUCCUCCGAGAACUCGCCGAGAGCUUCGACCUUCCUUCGGAUUACUUCGCGCAGCUCCCGCGCGACCUUCGCUUGGAUCUGAAUGAUGCGGCUUUUGACCUUUCAAAUGGGCCGGUUGUUGAUGAGUGUGGCGAAGAACUUGGAGAUAUAUUGUUAAAUUGGUCGAAAUCAUGGGAACAGGCAGAUACAUUGACAUCUAGGACUUUGGCAAGCAAACUGCCUCUGCUAGAGAGCUCUUUGACUGAUAAUGCUAAAUCAGCAUUGGGAAAGCGCUUAUUAUCUGCUGGAAGGAGGUUCCAGUCCAUGGGACAGUAUGGUCAAGGCGAACUUGCUAAGAUUGCAAAGAUAAUGAUUGCAACAGGAAAGCAUUUGGCUGCAACCCAAGUAUCUGCUGCAACGGUUGAAGAACCUAAGAAGGAUGCCCGAACUUUUAAGUUUGGAGAACUUCAAGUAGAAGUUACAUCAGAUAAAGCCAACAUUGGGGCUGCUAUCGGUUUUGCAUUUGGAAUUCUUUCAUGGCAACUAGCUCAAGGCGUUCAAAGCAUCCCAGAGAGCUCUUUGCAGUAUGCAAAUGAUAAUGCUUUGCUGCUGGCCAAGUCUCUAAGGGGUGCUCUACUUGCAAUGGGCUAUUCAUCAGCUAUCUUGUCCACAGUUGCAUCCUUUGGUCUUCUUCUCCGCCGUCGUCGAAACCCGCCUCCGGCCAUGGAUUUCAAAUGCUCCGCCUCCGACCUAGCCUCGCUCGCCAACUCCACCGCCCCCGGCUCCGACAACGCCCUCCUGGCCACCUUCCUCUGCGGCCGCUUCGACGCCAUCUCCGACAAGUUCGCCGACACCGCCCACGCGGUCGACAGCACCUACCUCCUCUUCUCCGCCUACCUCGUCUUCUCCAUGCAGCUCGGCUUCGCCAUGCUCUGCGCGGGCUCCGUCCGCGCCAAGAACACCAUGAACAUCAUGCUCACCAACGUCCUCGACGCCGCCGCCGGCGGCCUCUCCUACUACCUCUUCGGCUUCGCCUUCGCCUUCGGGUCCCCCUCCAACGGCUUCGUCGGCCGCCACUUCUUCGGCCUCAAGAAGGUCCCCUCCGCCUCCGUGGACUACAGCUUCUUCCUCUACCAAUGGGCCUUCGCCAUCGCCGCUGCCGGCAUCACCAGCGGGUCCAUCGCCGAGCGGACCCAGUUCGUGGCCUACCUCAUAUAUUCCUCCUUCUUGACAGGAUUCGUGUACCCGAUAACAUCUCACUGGUUUUGGUCCGGCGACGGCUGGGCCAGCCCGUCCCGGUCCGACGGCACUUUGUUUGGGUCCGGCGCCAUCGACUUCGCCGGGUCGGGCGUGGUCCACAUGGUGGGAGGGAUAGCCGGCUUCUGGGGAGCCCUUAUCGAGGGCCCGCGCAUCGGCCGGUUCGACCAUGCCGGGCGGGUCGUGGCCCUGCGGGGCCACAGCGCGUCCCUCGUGGUCCUCGGCUCGUUCUUGCUGUGGUUCGGGUGGUACGGGUUCAACCCGGGCUCCUUCCUCACCAUCCUUAAGACCUACGACGGCGCCAGCGGUGGGUUCUACGGCCAGUGGAGCGCGGUGGGGCGGACGGCGGUCACCACCACGCUGGCCGGCUCCACCGCCGCCCUCACCACGCUGUUCAGCAAGCGGCUGCUGGUGGGCCACUGGAACGUCACCGACGUGUGCAACGGCCUGCUCGGCGGGUUCGCCGCCAUCACGUCGGGCUGCUCCGUGGUGGACCCGUGGGCCGCCAUCGUGUGCGGGUUCGUGUCCGCGUGGGUGCUCAUCGGGUGCAACAAGCUCGCGGAGCUGGCCAAGUUCGACGACCCGCUCGAGGCGGCGCAGCUCCACGGGGGCUGCGGCGCGUGGGGGCUGAUCUUCACGGGCCUGUUCGCGCGGCGGCGGUACGUGGACGAGGUGUACGGCGGGUCCGGGCGGAGGUACGGGUGGUUCGUGGGCGGCGACGGGCGGCUGCUGGCGGCGCAGGUCGUGGAGGUGCUGGCCAUCGCCGGGUGGGUGACGGCGACGAUGGGCCCGCUCUUCUACGGGCUCCACAGGCUGGAGCUGCUGCGGGUGUCCGGCGACGACGAGAAGGAGGGCAUGGAUCUGACGAGGCACGGCGGGCUCGCCUACGUCUACCACGACGACGGCGGCGGCGACCGGCCGAGCAUCAUUGCUCCCGACGGGAGGAGGGUGGAGCCCACGGAUCGGAGCCCCGCCCCGAAUGCUGAUGAUCGGAACGGCAUGCCGGCCGUCUGAUCGGCCCUUGAACGGGAGUGGGGCCCACAUACAUGCGCGGGGUUUGGACGGCUGCGAUUCGCUUUCAGGACGAUUGGGGUUUUGUCAGGAAACGCGAGGACGUCCCAUCCCAUGUAAUUACAGCAUUUUGUCGACGUCUCUCUCUCAUGUCCUUUUCUUUUCUUUCCUCUUCUUUUCUUUGGACUAAUCCUCAAAUCGAGAAAAAAAAAUAAAAAAAAUGGUGAGGAUAAGUUAUUUAUGCGAGUUAGGUUGUAAUUUUAAUGUGUAAAUUAUAUAAAAAAAUAAGGGUUUUUCUACUCCUUUUUUUUUAGGGUGAAA